AUGAGGAACCGCUGCCCACCAGGAACAAUGGCGCCCCACCCAGGGCUCCCCGCUCAGCCCCGGGGCUCGCCGCCCGUUCUCCCUCCCGCUUCCUCCUCCUCCUCACCUGAGGGCUCCCCUGAGCAUCCCCCCGCCACCGCCGAGGUUCCCGUUCGGUCUCCCCGGGCUCCGUUCCUCUCGGGGGGCUCCAUCAUGUCCUGCUUCCCUCAGCUGUGGCACUCCGGCGCUCCGGAGUCUCCCUCCAGCCCCGCGCCCGCCUCGCCGCGCUCGGUGCCGGUGCCGCUGAGUCCCGUGGCGCUGCCGUCCCCGGGCAGGAAGGGCCGCUCCCCCGCGGGCUCCCCGAGCUGCGGCAGCCCCGGCUCCCCGAAACCCGCCUCGCCCGUGGAGUGCUCCAUCUGCUUCAACACCUACGACAACACCUUCAAGACGCCCAAGCUGCUGCAGUGCUCGCACGUGUUCUGCCUGGAGUGCGUGGCGCGGCUGAGCGCGGCGCUGGGCGCCGGCGAGGAGCUGCUGCCGUGCCCCUUCUGCCGCCAGCCCACCAACCUGCCCAGCCGGGGCGCGCCCGGCCUGCGCACCAGCAAGGAGCUGCUGGCCACGCUGCCGCCCGAGCUGCAGCGCGAGCGCGAGCUCUGGAUGGAGGGCACCAAGCUCUGCUGCCGUCGCGCCUCCGACGACGCCGAGAACCCCGAGUCGUGCGUGUCCAUCGACGUGGCCAUGAGCAAAGCCGAGAGCGCCGAGGAGGCCCCGGCGGGGCUGGCGGGGCGGCUGUCGCGCUGCGAGCUCUGCGACGACUGGAAGCGCGUCGUGCUGCUCUCGGCGCUCCUCAUCAUCCUCUUCUGCAUCAUCCUGUGGCCCGUGCAGUGCGCGCUCAAGACGGGCAACCUGCGCUGCUUCACGCGGACUGCGGCCGUCAGCCGGCCCGAGCUGCUGCCCCCCAAAGCCACUGCGGCCGCCGCUGCGGUCACACGGCCGCCGUUCCACUAG